AUGGCCGAAACCCCGCUCUCUUCAGAGAAACAACAACUACCCCGUACCAGCGUACUGGACGAAAAGCCCCAAGUGUGCGCUCCUGUGUCGGAUCGAAACCAUGAAGCCCACGCUCAUACGCGAUCAUCCGACGAGGAAUCCGCGACCAGCGCCAACUAUGACCUGAAUCAGGGAGAGACAUUGGCCCACCCCCCCGAUGGCGGAUUGCAUGCUUGGCUGCAGGUUGGCUUGGGCCACCUGAUCAUCUUCAACACAUGGGGCUACAUCAACAGCUUUGGAGUCUUCCAGCAGUACUAUAGCACCACACUGGGCCAUCCGCCGUCGGACAUCUCCUGGGUCGGGAGUAUCCAGAUCUUCCUGCUGUUCUUCAUUGGCACAUUCUCCGGUCGGGCCACCGAUGCUGGGUACUUCAAGCUCACCCUCCUGGUGGGCGCGACGCUGGAAGUCCUCUGCAUUUUCAUGACAUCGCUCUGCACUGAGUACUGGCAACUUUUCUUAGCGCAGGGGCUGGGCCAGGGGAUCGGUUGUGGCCUGAUGUUCUGUCCAACCCUGGCACUCAUCUCGACAUACUUCGUCAAGCGCCGCGGGAUCGCUCUGGGGAUCACAGCCUCCGGCUCGGCGACAGGAGGACUGGUCUUCCCCGCUGUUGUGAUGCGCCUGCUACCGACCAUUGGGUAUGGAUGGACGAUGCGCACGCUGGGGUUCAUCACGCUGGUCACGCUGCUCCCAUGUCUGCUCUUCUUCAAGCAGCGUCUGCCCCCGCGUGCAAGCGGGCCGCUGGUUGAGCUUGCAGCGUUCAAGGAGACGACGUACCUGCUGUUUGCGGUUGGCAUGUUCUUGAACUUCUGGGGGUUGUAUAUUGCAUUCUUUUACAUCGGCAGUUUCAGCACCGAUAUCAUCGGGGCAGAUCAGACGACAUCGACCGACCUUCUUCUGGUCAUGAACGGCGUUGGCCUCGUGGGGCGACUGGUCCCUAAUUUUCUGGCUGAUCAGGUUACAGGGCCGCUGAACCUCUUGAUCCCAUUCAGCUGUGCUACAGGGCUUGUUGCGUUUUGCUGGUCUGCCGUGAAGACUCUCAAUGGCCUUUGGGGCUUUGCAGCCUGUUACGGGCUCGUGGCUGCGGGCAUUCAGUCGCUUUUCCCGGCAACAUUGAGUUCGCUGACGACGGAUUUGAAGAAAGCUGGAGUGCGCAUGGGGAUGGUAAUGAGUGUGGUUGCAGUGGCGGCUUUGAUUGGAUCUCCUAUUGCAGGCGCGCUGGUAACGCAGGACGGGGGUCAAUAUCUCUAUGCGCAGAUGUUUAUGGGAGGUGCUAUCAUUGCCGGCACUCUGACCUUGAUCACAGCCCGUGUGGCUAAGGUUGGCGUGAAAAUUGCUCGAGUUUGA